AGAGGCACCUUUAGCCAGGAAUUACCGGCAAGGGGAACAAGCUUGCCCUUCCUCUUUCUUACCUAAACUUUUAGUUGUGGUUAGAUUUCCUCUCCGUUUCCCUGCUAAACUUUCUUAUGCUUUGUUCAAGGACUGAGAUACUUCUGUUGCAGAUUUUGGGGUUGUUUUUUUUCCCUGCGUGAGAUUUCUUCUGGGGUUCAACAUGCAUAUAAAAUGGGGAAGUAAAUCCACAAGUUUUGCAGCUGUUUACUGUGAUGCAGCAGCCAACAUGGGAUUUUUGAGCUGGUUUGAGGAACUGCUUCCAAAAAUUUGACCUGCUCAUAAAAAGAGUCGCCCCCGGAGAGGUGUGGGCAGAGGCGCAAUAUGCCCAGUGGGGGCCCCGAGAAGAACCCUGCCAUGGAGCCCGCCGCCACAACGCCCUUCCGCGUCACGGGGUUCCUCAGCCGGCGGCUUAAAGGCUCCAUCAAAAGGACAAAGAGCCAACCGAAGCUCGAUCGGAACAGCAGCUUCCGGCACGUUUUACCUGGCUUCAGGAGCGUGGACAAUGAAAGAUCCCAUCUAAUGCCGAGGCUGAAAGAAUCGCGCUCCCACGAGUCCCUGCUCAGCCCCAGCAGCGCCGUCGAGGCCCUGGAUCUCAGCAUGGAGGAGGAGGUGGUCAUCAAGCCGGUGCACAGCAGCAUCCUGGGGCAGGACUACUGCUUCGAGGUGACGACUUCAUCAGGAAGUAAGUGCUUCUCCUGUCGUUCUGCAGCGGAGCGAGAUAAAUGGAUGGAAAACUUGCGGCGUGCCGUGCACCCAAAUAAGGACAACAGCAGGAGGGUAGAGAAUAUGUUAAAGUUAUGGAUUAUUGAAGCCAAGGACCUGCCAGCAAAGAAAAAGUACUUGUGUGAAUUAUGCCUGGAUGAUGUUCUUUAUGCACGAACUACCUGUAAAUUGAAAACUGAUAAUGUCUUUUGGGGGGAGCACUUUGAAUUUAAUAACCUCCCAUCACUCAAAAACAUUACGGUGCACUUAUACAAAGAGACUGACAAGAAGAAAAAGAAAGAUAAGACCAACUUCAUCGGACAAGUGAACAUCCCCGUUGGCUCUGUCACGGGCCGGCAGUUUGUGGAGAAAUGGUACCCAGUGGUCAGCCCCAACCCCGGCAAGGGCAAAUCCCCAGGGCCCAUGAUCCGCAUCAAGUCGCGCUACCAGAGCAUGAGCAUCCUGCCCAUGGAGAUGUACAAAGAGUUUGCUGAGUACAUCACCAACAACUACAUGGUGCUGUGCUCGGUGCUGGAGCCCUCGCUGAGCGUGAAGAACAAGGAGGAGAUGGCGUCUGCGCUGGUUCACAUCCUGCAGAGCACGGGCAAGGCCAAGGAUUUCUUGACUGACCUGAUGAUGUCUGAAGUUGAUCGCUGUGGUGAGAAUGAGCAUCUCAUUUUCAGGGAGAAUACACUGGCCACCAAAGCAAUUGAAGAAUACCUGAAGUUGGUGGGGCAGAAGUACUUGCAAGAUGCCUUAGGGGAGUUUAUCAAGGCUCUGUAUGAAUCAGAUGAAAACUGUGAGGUGGAUCCCAGUAAGUGUUCGUCCUCGGACCUUCCUGAACAUCAGAGCAACCUGAAAAUGUGCUGCGAGCUGGCGUUCUGCAAAAUCAUCAACUCCUACUGUGUCUUCCCAAGGGAGCUCAAAGAAGUUUUUGCCUCAUGGAGACAAGAAUGCAGUAAUCGUGGCCGCCCUGACAUCAGUGAGCGUCUGAUCAGUGCCUCCUUAUUCCUCCGAUUCCUCUGUCCAGCCAUCAUGUCCCCUUCUCUGUUCAGUCUCCUCCAGGAGUACCCGGAUGACCGCACUGCACGCACUUUGACCCUUAUUGCCAAGGUCACCCAGAACCUCGCCAACUUUGCCAAGUUUGGUAGCAAAGAGGAAUAUAUGUCCUUCAUGAAUCAGUUUCUGGAACAUGAAUGGACCAACAUGCAGAGAUUCCUGCUGGAGAUUUCCAAUCCAGAAACCAUCUCAAACACAGCUGGCUUUGAAGGCUACAUUGACCUGGGCCGAGAACUCUCCACUUUGCACUCGCUGCUCUGGGAAGUCAUUUCUCAGCUGGAGCAGGGCAUUGCAACAAAACUUGGGCCUCUGCCUCGGAUUCUGAGGGAUGUGAACUCCGCGCUCAGCAACCCGGCCUGCGUGCAGGUCUCGGUCACAGCUGAUCACACUGCAUCCACUCCUAAUGCCAGCAACAGCAUCUCUGCUGGGCUGCAGAAAAUGGUGAUAGAGAAUGACUUAUCUGGUCUGAUAGAUUUCACACGGUUACCAUCUCCAACCCCUGAAAACAAGGACUUGUUUUUUGUCACAAGGUCUGCUGGGGCUCAACCCUCACCUGCCCGAAGCUCCAGUUACUCAGAGGCCAAUGAGCCCGACGUGCAGAUGUCUAAUGGCAGCAAGAGCUUGUCCAUGGUGGACUUGCAGGACAAUCGCCUCUUGGACAGUGGAGCAAGCGCGCCUGGCACUGCUGACUCCCUCAAUGACAGUCAGUCAUCCCUGGGGCAGCUGCAGGGCGUGUGGAGCACGCGGACUCAGCAGAACAGYGUGACGGGCAUGGCCACCGUGCGGCGUGUGGGCCAGACGCCCACCACGCCAAGCGGCGAGAGUGCUCCGGGCCGGCCCCAGCUCCUGGCGCCCCUCUCCUUCCAGAACCCCGUGUACCAGAUGGCAGCCGGGCUGCCGCUCUCGCCGCGUGGUCUGGGCGACUCUGGCUCYGAGUGCCACAGCUCGCUGAGCUCCCACAGCAACAGUGAGGAGCUACCCACCAACAAGCACGGCUUCGCAGCACCCACCGGCAGCGAGGAGUUCGCCCGGCGCACAGGGGAGCUGGCCCGGCGGCAGCUCUCGCUCUCCGAGAAGGGCGGCCAGCCCACCAUGCCACGGCAGAACAGUGCCGGGCCGCAGAGGCGGAUAGACCAGCCGCCCCCRCCGCCCCCGCCCGCCACCCGGGGCAGGACGCCCCCCUCGCUGCUCAACACCAUGCAGUACCAGAGACCCUCCAGCGGCAGCAUGAUGUCCUCGUCGCCGGACUGGCCAGGCAGCGGGGCCCGCCUCCGGCAACAGUCUUCCUCCUCCAARGGUGACAGUCCCGAGAUGAAGCAGCGUACGAUGCACAAGCAGGCCCCUUCUCCUGUGAACCCCAAUGCCCUGGACCGCACUGCUGCUUGGCUUUUGAAUAUGAACAUGCAGUUUUUAGAAGAUGAAAGCAUUGACCCAGAUUCCAAGCACAGGGAUAAGCUCAGGAAUAAGGACGAGCUCAGCCAAGCAGAAAAGUACCAGCAGGAUCUAGUAGUGCUUCAGGAUAAGCUUCGCAUCUCCAACAAGAAGCUGGAAGAGUACGAGACACGGUUCAAAUGCCAGGAGGAGACAACGCAGAAGCUGAUGCUGGAGUACCAGGCCAGGCUUGAGGAAAGCGAGGAGAGGCUCCGGAGACAGCAGGAGGAUAAGGAGAUCCAGAUGAAGGGCAUCAUCAGCAGACUGAUGUCAGUUGAGGAGGAGUUAAAGAAAGACCAUGCAGAAAUGCAGGCUGCUGUGGAUUCCAAACAGAAGAUUAUUGAUGCACAGGAGAAACGCAUUGCUUCCCUGGAUGCUGCCAACGCACGGUUAAUGAGCGCCCUUACUCAGCUGAAAGAGAGGUACAGCAUGCAGACACGUAAUGGGAUCUCCCCCACAAACCCAACUAAAUUGCAGAUUACAGAGAAUGGCGAAUUCAGAAACAGCAGUAAUUGUUAACACGUGGAGGGCGCUGCCGCAGGAGGAGGCCUGGCCAGACAGACCGUGCAGCAGCAGGUGUGAGCCCCAGCUUCAGAGAACGGCUGCUCUCCCCCCCCCCCAGAGAAUCCAGCUCCUCACUGCGGACCGCRCACUUGACUGAGCCUUUGUGGGAGAUGCUAAUGCCAGCACACUGAGGGGACGAAAAGACCGAGUGUGAGAUGAGUGGCAUAAGGAAAUACCAUAUAUUUGAGAAUUGCUGUCACUGUUGGAUUUAAAUCAGUGUUUAAUGUUUGAACAAAGUAACCUUUUCCUUCCAAACUGCCCAAAGGACAUGCCUCAACCCUCCCAACAAGGACUAGCGCCCUUGUCACUGCAGUAAGCAAAGGAAAGGGAGCUGGCAACAGGCAAAGCCCAGUCAGUGUAACGAGGGUGUGUUCACUGGGCAGGCUGCUGGCAGGAGGGGCUCACAGAGGGUGGGAAGGUGCUGCUGGGACAGCAGAGCCCAGAGGUACUUGAGUCAUCCCCUGUGACUCCCCUGGAAUACAGCCCUUGCUCCUCAAAGUAAAGCCAGUGCUCAGGAAUCUUUUCCUACCUGGCUUUCCUGAGGUCACUCUGACAUUAACAGUGUGUGUGACUAUCAGUAGGGCAUUUACACAGCUAAUUAGUGUUUAAUUCACAGGGAGCACAGUUUUCAUGAGUCAGGGCUCAUCGUGCAGUCUGGUGUCCGAAAGGGGAGGUGCAGGGGGCUACGGUGUCAGGGCACAGCAGAAGGUUCUGACUGGUAUUGCUGGGGCUGCUCUUGUGGUCCCUGGGUGGCCACGGGGAGCAGAGCCACUCAAGGCCACUGUGUGCAAGUGGAGGGGGAUGGGAGCUGGAACCUGGUGAGCAGCUUCUUGCGUCCUGUCCUCUUUCUUGCUUCUCUCACAGCUAACGGGGAAAAGGAAGGGCACUAAUUACAACAUAUUGCGCCCCUACCUGUCUAGCUCUACAAUAAAGUAAAUAUUGUUUGAGGUUGGCGCUUGAGCUGUGACUGAGGCACCUUGCCUGGAUUUCAUGGAGUUCACAGUGCCAGAAGGGGAGUGAAGGGCUAUGUGAAAAGGCCAGGCCUUGCUUGACAAAGGGUUUGUUAUGGGGAGGUAAUGCUCUGUGUAGAGAUUUUUUUUUAACUAAUUGUGGGGAGAAAAGCAGGCAAACAAACAAGGAAAGCCCUGAAGAACCAUGAAGAUCGGUAAUUGUAUUUCUUUUCUUUCACAGUAUGCAUUAGAAAAAAAAACAGCCCAUUUUCUGGAAUACUGUCCUCUUUAAAUUGGGAAUGAGCACUGCAUGGAUAUUAACCGGCUCGAAGAAUGUAAAACUUGGUCAUAAGGGAGUAACCAACAGGAACAGCAGCCACCACCGAAAGCCCCCUUGUCAGGAAGCACUGUGCAGGCAUAAGCCAGGAUUAGACUUUCCUAACUGCUGAAAGAUGCACAUCGGCACAUUGAGACACGAUGUGCUCAGCGGAGGGGUUGCCUCCUUAACGGGGCUUGUGCCGCUGACCUGCCGCCACGGUGUGUUUGUCCAUUUGUGUUUUCUCAGUUAGUACUUUGUGCCUCCCAGGCUCAGAGCAGGCCACACAUACCAASAGCCAGAGAUUUCUCUGAGAUACGGAUACCAGUGUACAGGACCUCUGCCUGUUCCUCCCACUAAAGCUUAAUACACUGCUGAAUGCUUGCCCUAGCUCCUCCUGCCAUGUGCCUAUGCGCAGUCAAAGGACCUAGGAUGUUCACUGAGCUCUGCACAGCCUAGGUACCAUCUCCAUCCGCACAGUACCUGGGUUGCCUGAGCAGGACACUGUUUGCCAGUGAGCGUUGCCACGCUGCCRCAAGGCUCAGUAACAGUGUUCUUCCACACGCAGUUGUUUUAGAUGGUAAAGAUGCUUUUCUUUUUUCCAAAAAGCUUUUCUGGUCCCUGGAAAGCCUGGGCCAAGUCCAGGGAGGCUGCACGUGCUGCAGAUGUGGUGCUAGGAGGAGUGAGCGUGUCGCUGUGCUCUGAGCUCUCCACACAGCGCCAAUGCCUGCAGCGCCGCAGUCUCACAGCACCCACCCCCCACCCCCCGCCAAGGAGCUCCUCAGAGAAAAGUAAUGGCUAAGCAUUUAUGGCAUUUCAGUCGCUACCACUUCUGGAGAGUUAGCACAGAUGGCUUUGAAGAAGGUCACAAAACUGCAAAGGUUACAUCUGGAGAAAGACCCAGACAGGUUAGGAGAUGCACAGGGUACUGUGAACAGUUUGGUGCAUAUGCUUACCUCUGCCGUUGUCUCAGAGUCCAGUGCAUUGUAAGAGCCUCAGAAAAAGACUAUUUUAAACUGCUGUUACCCUGAGAUGUGUUUUUGGAGCUGAUGAUUGUU